UUUGCCCUUCACGAGACUGCAGUGGAGAAAGUACUGCAGAGGUACAGGUCAAUUAUGUUAACUUUCAUUAGACAAACCCUGGAGUCAACAAAUUUAGAUUUAGUUUUCUCUCACUCAGGGAUGUUGCAGGUUUGCAUGUCCUCCCACGUCUCUCUUUUUACACUAGAUGUCACUAAAACAUUGAUUGCUGUAUUUGUCAUAUCUGUGGUGGUGCUUCCCGUUUUUGUCCUGCAGAGGGAACUCUUUUUUUUUUUUUUUUUGCACCAAAAUAUGACGGUACCCCAAAACCAGUAAUCUGAAUACGAGUGGUUGCAUAUAAAAGCAAGUUCAUUACCAUUAUGUAUAAGUCUAUAAAAGGUUCAGUUGCCAAAUUUUUAACGCAGGGAUCCCCAAAUUAAGACGCCCCCUCCUCGUCCAGCUGGAGCCACACAUGAGGGGGUAAUGGGCAUAAAAUCUGCGGUCAGAGCUGCAGCUUUGUUAUCUGAUAAACUGAAGGAAAAUUAAUCCCCCUGCACUUGGAUCCCUUCUGUGCAAUGAGGAUAUGGUCUCUUUAGGAUGACAGAGUGGAGCCUAUGUGUGCGUGUUAGACUACGUACAGACCAAUAAGUGUAUCAGUCCAACACGGAGCGCUGCUGCUGCUGCUGCUGCUGCUGCUGCUGCUCCGCAUACCGGCACACCGGCGCAGCUCAACGUUGGGACAGGGGCCGCAUCUCAGUCAGGGGUGCUGUGAAGGUUAUUGAUCAGACAACUAUCAUCAUGCUGCACCUGUUCGCCACGGCCUUCCUCCUCUUUGGUGGGAUCACGGUAACGCAUCAAACUCAGCACAUGAGCUCAGUGUCCACGUUUCUGUUCGCCCCUCGCGGCCCUCAGAUGUUUCCGUGUCUGACUUACCUGGAGCGAAACGUCAGGGUGGACUGUGAGUUUCCGCCCACCUACCAGGUCCCCGGCCCCUACUGUGAGUAUCGACAGGACAGCCGCCUGGUGGGCACCACCUUCCCCAACUCCGUCAUCUAUGUGUCCGUAGAGGACCGCAGGAGAAGCAACGUCAGCCUGGUCACUCCUAACCUGUGCCGCCUCACCUGGGCCCCGCUGGCUGAUGAGAAGCCUUUCACCUACACCUGCAGGGUCUACCAGGGCAACUCGUGGAAGGAGAACAGCAUGGCCGUCCAUCACAGGAUUCUUCCAAUCUGCUCUGCGAUCAGUGUGAUGUUCAAAUCGGCGCCGUGGUUUUUGUCACUGGUGAUGUCACUUCCGGUGGCUGUGGGUCUUCUGAGUCCAUGAAUUCUCACACUGGCAGGGUAACGACUCAACGGACCUUUCUUAAUGUGAUUUGUGACUCACUGUGGUUUGAUGGUUGGUGGUUGACUCUAUAUGGGAUGCUUUUAUUUACUUUUAUUUUUUAGGCAGUGAGAAGAAGCCAUGAAAACUCCUGGGAAUAAAUAAGACUGGAUGAAAUCAAUAUUUUAUUUAGCAUUAGGCUGUUCUUUAAAAAAAAAAAAAACAUACCUUUGAGAUGUAAAAGCUUUUAUGUAAUAGACUUCAUUGUCAUCACUGUACUGUACCUUAAACACCACUGUUCCACAGUACUAGUAUUAACAGUGGAGAAAAAAGUCAUGACAAUGCCAAAUGUAAGACAUUGCAAACAAAUGCAGCAGUGAACAGUGUUGAGGUUUUUAAUCUGUUGCCUUGAUCAGGUCUCCCUUGUAAAUAAGAUUAAUUGGGACCGAUCGACAUAAAGAACUAUAUUCUUAAAGUGGAAACAGACAACUUUUUAACUUCUCCCCCACGAGCAUUUCCAAGUGGUAUUAUGAAUGCCGCUACCGUCACAAAGACAAACAAAUUACGUUCCGUUUUCCUCAGAGCCCACCUACACACAGGACACACUGCACUUUGUUUCCCACUUUGGUUGUUUCACCAUCUGUUAUUUCCACUACUGAGGAAAGUAACUGCAAAGAAGUUAGAUUGAUACUCUGAUACACAAUCGUGCAAUAGUUGAUGCACUUUCUCUGUGCCAUAAAUCAACAUGGACGUAGCACCAAAUUCAGGGCCCCAUGCAUAAGCAGUCUCUGUGGGCCCCCGCCCUUCCUCUCUCAAUCCACGUCUCUCUGACGCACCCUUUGAAUUUUAAAUAUCUUUAAAUUAAGUCAGUUUGCUUUCUUUCCCCUUCCUUUCUUUCUUCUCAAGUUGGAAACCCUGAUUUCCUUUUCUUGGGGAGAGACAUGACAGUGUACGUUGUGGCUCUGGCAGCUUAAGUUGCCAUACACAUACUGCAUUUUUGCACCCUCAAAUUUAUUGUUUUCGAUAUACACAAUGUCACACUCCCAAACAUCUAUUUUUCAGGGCAUGAAAACUGUGCCCAUAAAUAAACAAAGUUUAACUACAUGUGAUGGGAACAACCAAUCACAGCUGGCAGAUAUCUUUCCCUUCUUCCAUAAAUAUCAGUCUGUGAUAAAUGUGGAGAAGAAGCUUUACAUCUGUCAAUAUUUUUGGCCUAAUACACUCUUACAAAACAAUGCCUGGAUGAAGAUCAGCUCUGUACUCUGGAUUUCUGGCAAGUAGGCUAUGAUGCAGUGCUGGUUAAUUAUCGCUUAGCAACCUCAGGUGCAACCUGACUCCAUGCCCUUGAAAGUUGUCACAGAGUAGGCACAAGAGAAAUGCCAAGCGCACAGCCUUGCAUUUUCCAGGCAGUUAAAGAAAAUAGUCGCUUACUUGGCUCUAGCUGUGUUUAGAGACAAAUAGUGCGGAGCGGACUAAACCAUUUUGCACCUUUAAGAGGUUAGAUGGGUCUAACCAUUCUUUUUUAUACCAAGUUCAGUCUUUGAACCAAUUUUUCCAGCUAAUUUUAAUUUAAUUAUGGCAGCAAUUACUUCGAUAUAAAAAUUUGCAAACAAAACCAAAGUUUUCAUCCAGGCUUUUUGAGGGCCCCCCUCUGAUUGGGGCCCUGUGAUAUCAGUCCCACUUUCCUCCCUCACUACAGUGCCCCUGUAAAUCAUGCCUUUAUUUUUUUCUCAAAGAUCGUCUCUGGUGGCAGACGGAAUUGCAUAGUAAAAGCAAGACUCAUAGGGAACCAUUUAUACAUGUGAUGGUGUCAUUAUUCCUAAGCAGUGCUUCCCAACUGGUCCAGCCACAGAUUUCUCCUUAGUCAUUGCUUAAAGGUCUACGCAGUUUAAUGUAUUUAGCGUCAUACUUGUGUUUGGCCAUAUUGUCGAGUUAGAUUGCGGUCUCUGUCAUGUGACUGUUCAUUAGUCACUCACUCUACAGCAGAAAACGGCACUUCAAAAAUGCAGCUCUGUACUGGAAAUU